AUGGCAUUUUCGUGCCCAAGAUCAUCAUGGAGAAGAGAUUACCUAAAGCACAUUAAGAUCGUCACAGAUCAAGCAUCACUCGACCUAGGAUUAGUGCACAACAAGGUUUGUGUAAGAUCCAAAUUUGGGGCGUCCUUGUGCACAACAAGGUUUCCAUCAUUCUAUUACAUUAUAUCCAUUCUCUCUCCUUUGUCACGCUUUUUAUAACUCUUGUCUUCACCCUUUUACAUUUAAUUCCUCCCUUCACAAUCUCACAUAUAGAUAUAUAUAUAUAUAUAUAAGAAAUAAAAUAAGUAGAAUUUGUACUCUCAUUAUCCACACUCCCUGAGGAUCGACCUUUACUUAUCCUAAAUAAAAAAGUGAGAUUUUAUAAAUAUUAUUUGCAUCAACUUGGUUACAUCACAACGACAUAUUUAACCUCCAAUUUGAGUUCAUUACAAAUCAGCACACACUACAACCGAACGGUGUAGUAGAGUGAAUGAAUCAAACCAUUUUUGAGAAAGUUUGUUGUCUACUAUCAAAUACUUCUUUACCAAAACAAUUCUAAGCUGAGGUAGCAAAUAUGAUAGUGUACCUCAUUAACAGAUCUCCCUCUCUUGUCAUUAGGAAAAAGACUGCUCAAGAAGUUUGCUUUGGCUCUCCUAGUGAUUAUUCUACUCUUAUAAUUUUUAGUUGUCCUGCCUAUGCUCGCAUAAAUAUUGGUAAGCUUGAGCCUUGUUCUAUCAAAUGUAUUUUUCUUGAUUUUAAAGCAAGAGUAGAAGGAUAUAAAUUAUACCAACUUGAAGAUCAAAAGAUUAUAUAUAGUAGAGAUGUCAUCUUCAAUGAGAUGAUGACUAUGAAGACACCCACUAUGAGUCAAGAAAUAGAUGCUCCACAACAAUCCACGGUGAAUCAAAAAGUUGAUAUUGAAACUUCAAAUUCGUCCUCAAGGUUACCUCACAAGAUAGAACAAUGUGCUCUGACUAUUGGAAUGCAAUACCAGACUUAUUCUAUUGCUAAGAAUUGAUCUCGAAGAGAGAUUCAACCUUUGUUGAGAUGUGCACACACAGACUAUGUGACAUAUGCAUUGGCUGUUACUGAAGAAAUUAAUAGUUCAUAUGAACCAGCUUCUUUUGAAGAAGCAAUUCGCUUUAAUGCCUCAACUAAGUAGGUAUCUAUAAUGCAAGAGGAGAUGGAAUCACUAAGCAGAAAUUCUACUCAGGAGUUAGUAGAGCUUUCAAGAAACAAGAAUUCUAUUCAUUGUAAAUGGGUUUAUAAGCACAAGGAGGGUAAUCUUGGAGUUGAAGAACCUAGGUAUAAAGCUAGGUUAGUAACAAAAGGUUUUAGUCAAAUUCUUAAGGUUGACUAUAAUGAGAUAUUUUCCAUUGUGGUCAAACAUUCUUCCAUUCGUGCCAUCCUUAGUUUAACUGCUCAUAAUAACUAUGAGCUUAAAUAAAUGGAUGUUAAGACAACUUUUCUCUAUGGAGAACUUGAAGAGGAGAUCUAUAUGCUUCAGCUAGAGGGCUUUGUUGACACAAAACAUGAUAAAUUAGUUUACAAGCUCAACCGACCUCUCUAUGGUCUCAAGCAAUCACUUAGACAAUGAUAUAAGAGGUUUAAUUCCUUUAUAUCCACUUUCAGCUUUAGUCAAAGUCACUAUGAUAACUAUUUAUUUUAAGAAAUCUCAUAUAUCUUUCAUCUAUCUCCUUUUAUAUAUCAAUGAUAUCUUAAUAGCUGCUAAGGACAUACAAGACGUUUAGAAUAUUAAAUGCCAACUUAGCCAAUAAUUUGAAAUGAAAUACUUAAGAGCAACAGCAAGAAUAUUAAGAAUGGAGAUAAAAAGGGAUUGAGUUGCAAUAACUAUAUCCUUAAGUCAAAAAGGAUAUAUUGAGAAGAUACUAUGUUGUUUUAAUAUGGAGAAAGUCAAAUUGGUAAGAACUCCUCUUGCGAGACAUUCUAAGCUUUCAACUUUUAGUCUCUCCAAAAACAAAGGAAGAAAUUAGGUAUGUCUAAAAUUCCGUACUCUUUUGCGGCUAGUCCCUAAUGUAUGCACACUUGACCUGAUAUCUCACAAGUUGUAAGUCUAGUGGGUCGCUAUAUAGCAAAUCUUAGAAAAAAUCAUUGAAAAGUUGUCCAAUGAAUCUUUAGAUUCCUGCGACGAACCACAAAUACAUAUCUUCAUUUUGGAAAAUCUUUUAGAAAAAUUAUUGGCAAGGUGAAUUCUAACUUUGCUGGAGAUCUCGAUCAAAGGAGGUCUCCUAAUGGUUACUUAUUUACGUUUUUGUGGGACUACCAUAUUUGAUUUCUAUCAGCAAUUUAUUGGGCUUCAUAAUGAUUGAUCUUUUCGACACUCCACUACUUCGGUCAAGGGGAAGAUAUGUUAAACUUGGUCAAACUUGGUCAUCGGAGCAAAGGAUAG